AGAAAAACAGGCGCAGUCAGAUUCACACAAAACACACCCGCAUCGUCCAGAGAGAGAGAGAGAGAGAGAGAGAGAGAGAGUAUGGGAUGGAGCAGAACGACGUGAUUGCGCCGUUCGUCAUGAAGACGUACCACAUAGUCAACGAUCCCAGGACCGAUGAUCUCGUCGCUUGGGGGCCAGCCAAUAAUAGCUUCAUCGUCGUCGACCCUUUGGAUUUCUCCCGCAGGAUCUUACCAGCGUAUUUCAAGCACAACAACUUCUCCAGCUUCGUUCGUCAGCUCAAUACCUAUGGUUUCAAAAAGGUGGAUCCAGAUCGAUGGGAGUUUGCGAACGAGUGGUUCCUUCGCGGGCAGAAGCAGCUGUUGGUGAACAUAGUGAGGAAGAAGCAGCACAAGAAUAAGAAUAUUAUGUGUUAUCAUGAGGGUUUGGAGGGGAAGCUGAUGGAGGAAGUGGAUGAAGAAGUGUUGGUGAUGGAGAUAGCGAGGUUGAAGGAGGAGCAGAAGGCGCUGGACAAGGAGGUGGAAGGGAUGAAUAAGAGGUUGGAGGCAACGGAGAGACGACCUCAGAAAAUGAUGGCGUUUCUGUGCAACGUGGUGGAGGACCCUGAUGCUCUAUCCCGCGUAUUGGCCAAGAGAGAAGGAAGACAGUUGGCGGAGAAGAGGCGGCGCCUGAUAUCAUCGGCCGCCGCUGCCACCACCUCGUCCUCGUCUUCGUCUGGCAUGGCUGUCAAAACAAAGGUGGAAGAAGACGAGGCAACUGUGGUGGGAGGUAUUAUGCCUUGGUCGCCGGAGACUACUGGUUUCGAAACUCGUAAUUUUUGUCAAUCUUCUCCGCCGCAGGAAUCAUCACCGUAUUGGUGGGGCAAAAGCCAGGCAACACUUGACACACCUCCUCGGAGUCAACAGAGUAAUAGCGACACCACCGUUUCCACGGCGGUGGGAACCGUAUGGCCGCCUCUAGGAGGGACGUAUUCGGAAUGUCACGCCGGUGACGGUCAAUUAUUGACAUGUUUUACAGAUAUGGCGCCGGAUACCCAGAGCAAACCGAGGCCGCCGCCGCCGCCUUAUCCAUUUUCGCUGUUGGAGUGGGGCUUUUAGAUAUGCUUGCUUCACAAAAUUUGUGUCAGAUUCUGUCUUUGGUAUCAAGUUAUAAUUCUAAUUCUAAUUAUAUGUGCUCCAACAUUGUUUAUGGAGAUUUUUUUGUUGUUGUUUAAUCUGUUCAAACAUCUUUCCCAGCUAUAGACUUCUAGGUAAAAUUGAAAGUUUAA